AUGCUUUUGUGCAUUAUUCCUCAGCUUAAGGCUGGUUUUUAUAGUGAGGAUGGAAUUAAUUCUCUCCUUGAGUUCAGCUUAAGGUCUAAUAAACUCCAUGGUUCUAUUGGGUGCCCAAAUAACACUGGUGAUUGGGAGAUGCUUCAUAUUGUAGAUAUAGCCUCCAAUAAUUUGAGCGGCACAAUAUCAGGUACAUUGUUAAAAAGUUGGAAGGCAAUGAUGCGUGAUGGAGGUGUGCUUGGGCCAGAACUUGGUCAUUUGUAUUUUGAAAUUGUCGAUAACUUCCAUCCUAUGAGUUUCCAGGCUAUAUUACCACAUUUGAACAAAUAUCUUGCACUGAAAUUGCUUAAACUUGUUGCGAACAUUUCUCUCUCUAUCGUUGAUCAAGGUUUUGCUGAUAUUAACUCAUUGGAUCUUGAUCAUUAUCAAGACUCAAUUAUUGUUGUCAACAAAGGUAGACAAAUGAAGUUUGUCAAAAUUGAAAUGGCAUUCACUUAUGUGGAUAUAUCAAACAACUAUUUGGAGGGGCCAAUACCUGAUGAGCUAAUGGAAUUGGAAGUAUUGAAUGCUCUGAACUUAUCACAUAAUGCUUUUAUGGGUCAUAUAUCGUCAUCUGUGGGAAAUUUGAAGAAUCUUGAGUCUAUAGACUUUUCAAACAAUUUCUUCAAUGGAGAGAUUCCUCAAGAGCUUUCUAGUUUAUCUUAUAUGGGAUAUCUAAAUCUCUCGUUCAAUCACCUAGUGGGGCGAAUUCCAUUAGGUACUCAAGUCCAAACCUUUGAUGCAGAUUCUUUUGAAGGGAAUGAAGGAUUAUGUGGACCUCCACUGACCAGCAAUUGCAGCGAUGAUGGAAUCCAGGGGCUGCCACCACAAGCAUCCGAAUCAUCUCAUUCUCAUACCGAGAGUUCAAUUGAUUGGAAUUUCUUAAGUGUGGAGUUGGGAUUUAUUUUCGGCUUUGGAGUUUUCAUUCUUCCUAUUAUUUUAUGGGGAAAAUGGAGGUUGUGGUAUUCCAAACAUGUAGAUGAAAUUCUUUACAAGUUCAUAUCCCGACUUGAUUUUGUGUAUGAACAGCAUGAAGGGAAGAGGUACAGAACUUUAAGGUGGAGAUACUGA